AUGCUCCCGUUGUCACUGCUGAAGACGGCUCAGAAUCACCCCAUGUUAGUAGAGCUUAAAAACGGGGAGACAUACAAUGGCCACCUGGUCAGCUGUGACAACUGGAUGAACAUCAACCUGCGCGAGGUGAUCUGCACAUCGAGGGAUGGGGACAAGUUCUGGCGCAUGCCCGAGUGCUACAUCCGCGGCAGCACCAUCAAGUACCUGCGCAUCCCCGAUGAGAUCAUUGACAUGGUCAAAGAAGAGGUGGUGGCCAAGGGUCGUGGCCGUGGCCUGCAGCAGCAGAAGCAGCAGAAAGGCCGUGGCAUGGGGGGUGCUGGACGAGGUGUGUUUGGCGGCCGUGGCAGAGGCGGGAUCCCAGGCGCUGGCAGAGGCCAGCCAGAAAAGAAGCCCGGCAGGCAGGCGGGUAAACAGUGA